AUGGCUUCCGUAUCUCUCUCCUUCUAUUCUUCCAUUGUUCCCUCUCCAAUUCCCCGCCACAAAUCCAACAGAAUCCACACUCAAAACCCCACUUUUCGGGUUACCUGCUUGGCCGUUUCCUCUCCACCCUCCAAACCCGUUGUCAAAAAGCGACACUGGAAAAAAGGCGAGUUUCCUGGUACUUCCGAAACAUUGUUUCACGAUAGUACGAGGAGAACUCCCAUCAAGAACAUCAAGAAGAAGUUGGACAAAAAGAACAGUGCGAAGGCAUGGGUCAACACUGUCACCGAAUCCUUAUCUGAACAAAUCGACAAGAAGCAGUGGCUUCAAGCCCUCCAGGUAUUUGAUAUGCUUAGAGAACAAACCUUCUACCAACCCAAAGAAGGGUCUUAUUUGAAACUCAUCGUGUUGCUUGGAAAAUCUGGUCAACCCCACCGUGCCCACCAACUUUUCACCACAAUGAUUGAAGAAGGUUUAGAACCUACUCCUUAUCUGUACACAGCAUUGCUUGCUGCGUAUUGCAGGAGCAACCUUAUUGAUGAAGCUUUUUCAGUUCUUAACGAGAUGAAGAAGCUUCCUCUUUGCCAGCCCGAUGUUUUCACUUACAGUACCCUGAUCAAAGUUUGUGUGGAUGCUUUCAAAUUUGAUUUGGUUGAGGCCCUGUACGAAGAAAUGGCUGAAAGGUCCAUCACGCCAAACACAGUCACUCAGAACAUUGUUUUGGGUGGUUAUGGCAAGGCCGGGAAGUUUGAUCAUAUGGAGAAGGUUCUGUCCAGCAUGUUGGAAAGCACUGCGUGCAAGCCUGAUGUUUGGACAAUGAACACGAUCGUCAGUGUCUUUGGUAACAUGGGUCAGAUUGAUAUGAUGGAGAAAUGGUAUGAAAAAUUCCGUAACUUUGGGAUAGAACCUGAAACGCGCACUUUCAAUAUUUUGAUUGGUGCUUAUGGAAAGAAAAAAAUGUAUGACAAAAUGUCAUCUGUUAUGGAGUAUAUGCGGAAGUUGCAAUUUCCAUGGACGACCUCUACUUAUAACAAUGUGAUUGAGGCAUUCGCAGAUGCAGGUGACGUUAAGCACAUGGAAUGUACAUUUGAUCAGAUGCGUGCCGAGGGUAUGAAAACAGAUACCAAAACUUUCUGCUGCCUUAUCAAUGGUUAUGCAAAUGCAGGUCUCUUCCAUAAAGUAAUUAGCAGUGUUCACUUGGCUGGAAAGUUUGAGAUACCUGAGAAUGUUGCCUUUUAUAACGCAGUCUUGUCUGCAUGUGCAAAGGCAGAGGAUUUGAUGGAAAUGGAGCGGGUUUUCAAGCGUAUGAAAGAUAGCCAAUGUCAAGCAGACGAAACAACAUACAUGAUCAUGAUUGAAGCAUAUAGGAAAGAGGGUAUGAACGACAAAGUAUACUACAUAGAGCAGGAAAAGCUGACAAUGAUGACCUACGAUAAAUAA